CCUGCCUCUACGUCUCCCGCAAAAAAGGCGCGCAAGACCAAGACCAAGUCAGAGCCCAGUGAGCCAGACGUGGAGCUCCCCCUGCUGUCAGAAGAAGAGAUCGCCCGCUGCACAACAAUCGCCAUGCCCUCUCUCCCCUUCGACCUCGCGCACGGCAAAGAGCACCUCGUGGCUGCAGAUGUGCGCUUCAAGCGGCUGGUGGAGCGUAUUCCACUCAAGGUGUUUGAGGAGAUCUCAGGUGAGGGCGGCAAGGAGCUCAACCUGUUCCGCACGCUCGUUACUAGCAUACUAGGACAGCAAGUCAGCUGGCUUGCUGCGCGGGCGAUUCUGUACAAGUUUACGCGCCUGUGGUUUCCAGAGCUUCCCGAAAAGCCAGACUUCAAGACCCUCCCUCGCGAUGCGUUGCCAUUCCCCACCCCACUGCAGGUACGCUCCGCCUCCGAGUCCACUCUGCGCAGCGCGGGCCUCUCGGGGCAGAAGGUGCGCUACGUGAGCGAUAUAGCUUGUCGCUUCUCCGAUGGACGACUGGACGUGCGCUCCCUCGUGGCGAUGCGGGACGAGGAGGACGUCGUCCGCACUUUGGUUGCCAUUAAAGGCGUAGGCGUCUGGACGGCGCAGAUGUUGCUCAUUUUUGCACUGCGUCGCCCCGACGUGCUGCCCGUGGGGGACCUGGGGGUGCAGAAGGGAAUGGUACUGCUUUGGGCUAGUGGAAGGGAGGGGCCCGCCAUCAAGAGUGCAAAGGCGCUACCCGAGGAGGAGGAGAAGGUGGUGCAGGCCGUACAGGAGGGGGAGGCGCCCAUCGAUGGCGGCGAAGAUCUGGCCGCUCUGCCCACGCUCGACGAGCAUUCCCAAGAACCUAGCAAGACACCCACAGUACCCGCACUGCCAGCCUCAAGCGGUCUCACAUCUGCACAGCUCAAUGCGCGCAAGAAUGGGACAAAGACAAAGGGAAACGUCUACCUGAGCGCGGCGGAGAUGGAGAGCCUUGCGGAGACGUGGAGGCCGUACCGCAGUCUGGCUAGCGUGUACAUGUGGGCGCUUGUCGAUGCGUGA